AUGGAAGAGGAGGAGUCAAGUGAAGAAGAGGAUGAGCUCCCCAUGUACCAAGAGCACUAUGAUGCUCUUUUCUCCAUGGACUUCAUGGACACCAAGUACCCACAUGUUGACACCAUGAAGGCCCUUGGAAUCUUUGAAGAUGUGGAGUUGGUCCUCAAGAACAUGCACUUGGCCAAGCUCUUCUCCUACCACAUGGAAUCCUACAAGGAGCUCACUUGCGAGUUCCUAGCUUCAAUGAGGUACCACAUGUAUGAGGAAGAAGAUAGAGCUGAUUUGGACCAAGGAUUGGGAUGGAUCACGUUCUUGGCUAAGGGAGAGAAGAGAAUGGUGACCUUUAGGCAGCUGGAGAUCUUGUUUGGGUUCAACUAUGGAGAGGGAACCAAGUGGAACUUCAAGGAAAAGGAACUCCAAAGGGUUUGGGCUACAAUCGCUGAUGGAGUGUACUCUUCCUCAAGGUCCAAGGCAGCUCAGAUCAGGAGCCCAGUCUUGAGAUAUGUGCACAAGGCACUUGCCAACACCUUCUUUGCAAGGAAGGCAACCGGGACAAUCAACGAGGGGGAACUCAAGUUUCUUGACAUGGGAAUCAAGCCCCUUCUCUCACGCACAAGCGAUGGCAAGAGGAUAAGGGGAGAUAGGUCUGACACAGGGAACUUGAUGCCUUUCCUUGACCACCUCCUCACCUACAAGAUCACAGCUUACAACACUAGGCACCAAAGAGGAAGAAAGCUUAGUAUUGGAGGGCUCAUCACACCUAUCUUGUGUGCUGCUGGAGUAAACCCAACUGAUAGGAGAGCUACUGAACCAGGUUGGAUGGACAUCAAGUUCUGCAAGACCAACCUCCUCAUUGAGCACAAGGAGUUAGAUGGGAGACCCCCUGUGUACACAUUAGUUGGGCAUGAGGAUGAUCUGCGAGAAGAGGAGCCUGAGCUCGAUCGAGCUGAGUCUCGAGCUGAGGGUCGAGCUGAGGAUCGAGCUGAAUAUCAGGUCCAGGGGAGCGCUGACUUGGGUGAGCCUGAGUGCUACUACUUUGAGGAGUAUGAGGCUCCAAGGAUGAACCCCUCUGUUGUGGCUGCCCACAAGAGGAUUGGACUUCUCCAAAAGUUCAACAAAUGGCAAGGGAAAGCCAUGAGAAGAUGCAAAAGUCCAUGGACAAGAUGGAGUAGGUCACUCCUCACCACCCAAAGAAGGCUCCCUGCCCAAGAGCCUCACAGAGCCUCUUCUUUCGAGCCAAGAGAAGGAGAGGACAACACGCAGAGAAGGAGGAAGAGUUCCAAGGCCAGACGCUCCAGCUCGACCACCGGACUCGAUCGAGUCCAAACAGAGGAAACUCAACUCGAUCGAGCUGAGGGUCGAGUUGACCUGGAGGAGCCCCUGUUUGAGAACCCUGGGAUUCGAGUACGAUUCAACCCAGUACCAGGACUUCUCUCAGACCGCUGGACUCCCUACAACCGCUUCGAGCGAGCACAACUCCACCAAGGCCAAGGAAGCCACACCCACUUUGAAGAUGAAGAAGAAGAGGAGAGGAGCCACAAGCUCGAUCGAGUGAGCCGAACCCAGUUGAGUGGAGUGCUCCUGAUGGCCGUCUCCCAUCUCCAGACCACGACCUAG